UCUACAAAGGGAUCGGGAUCAUCACGUCAUAGAAGCAGUCCCACGAUCAGUUGCUCAAGCGCCUCAAACCUGUUUCUGUUUAUCUUUCCGAGGUACGUCGUGUCCCCCUAUGUCGCCGAGUUUUGGAACUCCCUGAGCAACAUCCCGUUCUUCUGCGUUCCAGCCGCGUACUGCCUCUACCGUGGCCAGAUCUACGACAUGCGCGUGAAGAUGAUUUGGAUCAGCAUGUUUGUGGUCGGCUUGGGCAGCUUCAUGUUCCAUGGCACUAUGCGUUUCGAGUGGGAAAUGUGGGAUGAAGUGCCCAUGUUCUUGCUGGUCCUGUCCGCCAUCGUCUCGAAGGAUGAUGUGCAUUGGAUGACGUCGGGGAUCUGGAAGCAUCUCAUUCAUCUUCUAAGUUUCGGAGCAGCGACCGUUGGCAUGUGCAUGCUCCUUGGACGGCUAGAGGGUUCGGAGGUUUAA